ACUUUUUUUUUAUCACAGUAAAAGUGUAAAUGGUGAAAAGCUGAAAGGGUUAAUUAAGCUCUUCUGUUCUAAAGUAAUUCAGGUCAGUUGAGACAGAAGCAUGCCGGUCACACCGGGCUCUGUUUGAUAACCUGUAACCGGAGUCUGUGUUUCAGAGGUCACACUGUUCAACGACCACCACCACUCUCUAUUUAUAACAUUCAGACACGGCACUCUGCUGACACUAGUCUUAAAGUGACUGAGCUGAACACAAGCAAGGAGCUGCUGCCUGCAGUAAACCAGGGAUGAUUCUUCUUCACUCUGUAUGCUAUUAUUACUGAUUCACAGACAUGGUGAGGCAGAAGACUCCAAAAUCCAAGUUGCACCUGCACUGCGAGAGCUGCCACAGCCGGCGCUGCAGAGCUCCAAUAGAGAUCUCGGUCUCGUGCAUGGUCAUCAGCUGCCGCUUGCUCUGCGGCGCCACCUUUCACAUGUGCAAAGAGAGCGAGCAUGCGCUGCUGUGUCCUAACGAGAAGGUGCCCUGCCUCAAUGCCCACUAUGGCUGCCCUUUCACCAUGUGUCGCUCAAGGCUUGCCAAGCACCUGGAGACGUGUCCUGCUAGCGUGGUCUGCUGCUCGAUGGAAUGGAACCGCUGGCCCAUUGAAGAGACUGAGCCUCCAGAGUUCUACAAGAAUAUCCUAACCGAGAAGUACACUCAGCAGCCUCUGGACCUGGCCACGGCACUCCGGGACCAAAGGUACCUCUUUCAGUCCAUUAAAAUGAAGGCAAUAUUUCCAGAGCUUAUGGAGAAGGUAGAGGAGGAACCUGCAGUUCAGGAACUGGAGGGUGCAGCUGGAGGGGUGUCGAAUGGCGUGGAAGAAGCUUCUUCAUUGGAAGGUGUCGAAUUUGGGGGAGAUACUGAUCCAGAUCAGGAAAUACCGUUGACUCAAGAGGAAAGAGAGGCACUAGCUAGAGACACUAACGUGUCUGGGAUCGGAAGGUACGGCGCUUGGGAGAAAAUGUUCAGCAUGGAGCUGAGUGGGUGCAAGCACACCAUUAAAUCUUUGGGCACCAACCCAACUCAAUCUGGAGGUUCUGAGCAAAAAGCUCAAGCCAAUUCAAGCAAGCUGGAUAUCAUACAAGAGGACCCGCUUAACCAAGCCAAGGAAUACAGUGAAUGUUCAGAAAUGGCCGGAUUCAAUCCCUUCGAUUUGGACGAGCGCAAGUUUCUCAUAGCAACGUCCUUGUUUGCUUGUGAUACGCGUCCACAUAAGAAAUUCAUUUACGAUAUGCGUAUAGAGCCCAUGAAGAUUAAAACUGUGCGGACGUUCAAGAUACCCACCAGCUACAGGGCAAGGCCGAGUCACAUUCGCAACCCUGGUCGUUACAAAAGGGUCAGCGUAGGCGUCGACACGUCAGAUCUGGGCAUUGACAUGGAAGACAUGCCGAAAUGGGAUGAGGUUCAAGCCACCCUGUUGUGCUCGUUGGAAAAGGAAUGCAGAGGACACCUGAUCGCAGAGGCUGGCUCUUCAGAUGCCCUUCUGAUGAACGAGGGAACUCAGACUUACGACUUUUACUCAAUUCCUUUCAAAACCGGUACCACUCUGUCCGACAUCACUGCAGAGAGGGAUCCGCAGCUUCAUGUCCAGAUCAACACCGAAAGCGUCACCAACAUACACAACAAAUCGAGCUCUGCCUUCACUUACCUCUGCUGCCAUUCGUUCAGACGAGACGAGUUUCCCUCUCACUUCAAGAACGUCCACUCAGACAUCCAGACCAAUCUGAGCGGCUGGUUUGAGCAGAGGUGUCCUCUGGCGUAUCUGGGCUGCACCUUUGUCCAAAGGCGUUUCCAGCCCUCCACUCACAGAGCCAUCGUCUCUUACGACCAAGACCUCAGCACCUUCACUCUCAGACCUGAGAUGUCAGAUAUUCUCUACGAAGGUGUAAAAACGCUCAGCUCGGAGAGAAAGCGAGCGCGCAACCUGGACGCCCUGAGCAACCUUCCGUUCGAGGUUCUGGUGCACAUCGCUGGGUUUCUAGACAGCUUCACCCUUUCUCGGCUGGCCUUGGUAUCCAAGCUAAUGAGGGAUGUGUGCGGCACGCUUCUGCAGGAAAGGGGCAUGGUCUCACUGAUGUGGGAGAAGAAGAUCUACUCUCAUGGUGGAUGGUGCUGGAGAACCAGAUGCAAGGUGUGGCAGUUCAGCAACUUAUUCUCCACUGUGGAUAGCUGGUGCUUUGACGGCUUAUCGCCGAUGUCUGAACAUCUUAAAGUCUGCCCGUACUAUGAGACGGAGAAGCGAACAGAACCUGUACGCCUCACUGAAGUUCAGGAAUCCCAUAAGAAAGAAAAGAAGACUGCCAGUCUUGUCUCCAUGUUUGCCAAAAAUAAGCUGUAGGCCUGUUUGUAUUUCUCUUCCAAUGCAAUGCAAUGAAGCUUAAUUAUUCCUGUGUGUUUUUUUAUUUAUUAAUGUUAGCUACUUAUAGGAUAACACAUUCAUAUUUAAUUUAUGUUGUUUUUUGCUCAUUGUCCUUGAAAAAUAAAUAAAAAUUCAAACAAAAACGGCA